UUAUAGGUAAAAAAAAUCUACAGCCACCUGAGAAUAUAGAGGUCUACAUCACGGAUGACAACUUCACCCUGAAGUGGAACAGCAGGAUUGAAACUGUUGAGAAUGUGACCUUUUCAGCAGUUUAUCAAACUGCUGAGAAUGGAACCAAGGCCUCGUGCAUCCUAGACCUGAGGUGGAUGACUGGAUGAAAUUGCCUGGCUGUCAACACAUUGUGGUCAACAAAUGCCACUUUUCUCCUCUCAGUUCAGAUGUUUAUGAAGAAGUUAAAUUGCGAAUAAGAGCAGAAAAAGGAAAUGACUCUUCUUCAUGGAGUGAAGUUUACUCAUUUAUACCAUUUGAUGAAGCUCAAAUAGGUCCUCCAAAAGUACAUUUAGAAGCUGAAGAUAAGACAAUAACAAUACACAUCUCUCCUCCUGGGACAGUGGACAAUGUUAUGUGGUCUUUGGAUGUUUCAGCCUUUAGAUAUAGCUUAGUUAUGUGGAAAAACUCUUCAGAUGUGGAAGAAAGGAUUGAAACAGUUCAUCCUGGAGAUAAAAUUUAUAAACUCUCACCAGAGACAACUUAUUGUUUAAAAGUUAGAGCAAAACUACAUUUGUACAACAAAAAUGGUAGCUAUAGUCCAGUAAGUUGUAUAAAUACCACAGCUGAAAAUAAGCUGCCUCCACCAGAAAAUUUAGAAAUCAGUGCUGAUAAUGAGAACUAUAUUCUGAAAUGGGAUUAUGCAUAUGUGAAUGCGACCUUUCAAGUUCAAUGGUUCCAUGGCUUUCUAAAAAUUAUUCAUGGGACCAAUUUACAUAAAUGGCAACAAAUACCUAACUGUGAACACAUCAAAACUACAUAUUGUAUCUUUCCUCGAAAACGUCUCUCAAAAGGAAUUUACUAUCUUCGUGUACAAGCAUCUAAUGGAAAUAGCACAUCUUUUUGGUCUGAAGAGAAAAAAUUAAAUACUGGAAUAUACAUUGUUAUACCUCCACCAGUCAUUAGCAUGAAAUCCAUUAAUGAUUCACUGCGUGUCUAUGUCAAUGCUGAAGAAGGGUCAGUGAAGCAGCCUUACCCUCUAAUUUAUGAAAUUAUUUUUUGGGAAAACAGUUCAAAUGUUGAGAGAAAAUUCCUAAAAGAAAGAAACGAUUUUACUAUUGACAACUUGCAACCACUGACUGUGUAUUGUGUCAAAGGAAGAGCACACUUUGUGGGGGGACAGUUGAAUAAAAGCAGUAUUUUUAGCAAUACUGUGUGCGAGAAAACAAAAACAGGAAAUUCUUAUAAAAUCUGGGUGAUAGCUGGAAUUUGCAUUGCAGGAGUUUUUAUUCUGUUUACCAUGUAUGUUAUGAAAACCCUCCUGAGAUGUUUCAAUUAUGUAUUCUUCCCAUCACUUAAACCUCCUUCCAAUAUUGACAAGUAUUUGUCUGAACAACCUUUAAAGAAUCUUCUACUUCUGACAUCUGAAGAACAAAUUGAAAGGUGUUUUAUAAUUGAAAACACAAACACAAAUACUAUAAUGAAGGAAACUAAUCAAAUUGACGAGGAUCACAAAAAGUACAAUUCCCAAACCAGUCAAGAUUCAGGAAACUAUUCUAAUGAAGAUGAAAAUUCGGGAAGUAAAACAAGCGAAGAACUUCUGCAACUGGAAACUGAGUCCUCAGAAAUGAACUCUUAAAAUGCUUGUUGCCAUUGGAGUUCACACCGGAACUCAAGCUCCUUGUAACUGUAAAGAGGAUGUUUGCUUCUUAGGGAAGGAAAAAAAAAAAAACACCUUCAGAUCACAGUUCCUAAAAAUACAGCAGGCAUUUAACUAUUUAAAAAUGAAAUCACAGGAGUUCGGAGAAAUGUGCUCUGCCUUCUUAUCAAGCCUGUCUUGGGUGAGAUGGGCAACUCGGGCAGGUGGCCACCAUCUUUCCCGUGCCGUGCUAACUGUCUCGUGGCUAAAGGCAGUUUUUGUGUUCCUGUCAGUACUGACACGAUGCUGCUGGUUACUGCAGGUGGCAUUUGUUCUCCACUCCCAACGCCAUCUCACUAUUUCUCAGGAAAUAUUUAGAACAUUUGGUCUUUGGUUAGAGCCUUAGGAUGUUUCUUUAAAAGGUCUGAAUAUUAUCACCCGGUCUUCCAAAAAGUAGCUUGUCCUAGAAAACAGCCACAAAUGCCAGAAAAAUAAUCCUUAUUAGGGGAGUUCUCUGCAUUUUUCCCCGAGAUAUUGCACAACUGCCUGUCCCUUACAUGCUUUAGGAUUAAAACCAGGUAAUCUUUUACUUUGCAUGAAGACCUCCUGAUUCAUAACUGGUUAGAGCCGAGGCAGUCACUGAUGUCAUCUAGUGGUUACCUAAUUAGAGAAGCCAUUGUUAUAUUUUAAAGUCUCAGUGUGUGCUCAUGAGGCACAGCACACAGGUCAUCCUGGGACCAGAAAAUGCCAGUGAUGGAAAAGAUGGAGAAGUGGAGUCAUUCAGUAGGAAAGAGUCAAGUAAAUUUGGUGAAAAAAAAAAAAAGAAUUUGUCUAAUCAACUUUAAUUAUUAGCCCAGUAUGUUUUUCUGGCUUAUCUGCCACUUUUCAUACCAGGCAAACUUCUCUGCACUGCCUAGCAAUAUUCAGAUGCCCCUUCUGUUCAGCCUGCAUGCACUCAAGAAAGUGCAAAUUAUUUAAUAUGAACAUGAAGGGUAAAACACAAUGAGGAAGAAAAGCCUAAUUUUAAAAAUUAUAUAGUGCUUUCCAAAGGCACUCAGGGCAUAUUUUAAAUUACAUAACAUUUAGGGUUAACCAUGGAUGCCUUCUGUAGCAGAAAGUCUAGAAAUUCUGGUGGCCUGAAGGGCAGGCCUCUCACCAGUUGCUGCAACUGGAACCAUUGAAAGAGAAAACACAUGUCGUCAGAGGGUAUGCUGGGCGCCCAUCAUUAAGGCCAGUCCUGUCACGUGGUCAUCUCUGUUGAGGGAACACCAUCGGCCAGGAAGAAAGGGAGGGCUGUGGUUCCCAGCCCGUCCUAGGCACCUGCACGAGUGUGCAAACCAUGUGCUUCUGGCCCUGUCAGCUGGCUCCCAAGUCAUCCCAGCAGAACACCAAGGCCAAGGAGGAGACCCAAGGAGCCCCAUUGAGACCCCAGAACACUCUCUUUCUCUUCCUGACCAGAGGCACUUGGUUCAAAGUGCAACUUCUGGGUUGACCCUGCAAUUGUAAAAGCCCUGUCACUUUAAAAAGUCGCCCCUUAGAGAAAUUGGGAACAUGUCAUAGCCCUGCCACUGUUGCCUUUCGUACUGUGUCACUUCAGUGAUCCUGUCCAGCACUUCUGACCCUGUGUUCACCACAGUGAAAAAGCUGCUCUCUUCAGGACAGGCAGCCUGGACGGAAACGACACCUUCGUAGGAUAUGAAGAUGGGGAAACUCUUUGAACACUAAGAUAGCAAUGGAAUUGGUAGGUCCCUGAGAUUUGGGGACCCAUGUCUUCAUGUGACAACUCUGUGACUUUGAACAAGCACUUGAAUAGUAGUAGAAAAAAAAAAA